UUUGGGAAGCGUUUUGUCUUACACACGUUCUCCGAACCGGUCAUUGGCCUUGGCAUUUGUACCGCGCCCGCAGAUGUCCCCGGUAUGGGUCGAACCCGAACGGACACGCAUUCCGCAGACUGUCCCGGACCGGUUGUGUUCGCCUGCUCCAACGCGUGCACUAUGAGCUUCGUACUAGGUAGACGUGAUGAAGUUCAGCUACAAGCUGUCCGUUUCUAUAACUGGGACGGUCGAAGUCGCUGUUUGGCAACCGGGGGAAUUAAACUCGCGGUGAUGGCUUUCAAACAGUAUUUAGUCAUUGUUCGUGGGAACAAGGGAUCUUAUCUUUCCGUGGACUCUGUGGUCAAUACAACAACUGCACUGUCAUCACCCGCAGACUCGUCAGAGCCCAAUGAUCCGGGCACUGUGAUCAUUCAUGACUACCUGAACCAUUUCAUCGCUGGCGAGUUUCCCGUCCCUGGCAUCAUCUCACUAGUUGUCGAAUGGGACGCGAUCUAUGCACUGUGCGAGGACCCGGAAGCAUCUCAACGAUACUCGCUCGUUUGUAUCAGUGAGAAAAGUGCACAAGCCAAGUUGGAACUUCUCUUCUCAAAGAAAAAUUUUCAAUUGGCUCUCGAUGUUGCAAAGUCGCAAAAUAUGUCGCGUGAGGAUAUCACGCAAAUCGUGUGGCGUUACGCAGAUCAUCUAUACAAGUACGUCAAGUCUGACAAAGGGAAUAAUGAGACCAAACGACCGUCGUUCGCAGUCCCUGGUCAGCCCUAUCUUCCGUUUGGUUUUUCGCUGCAAACUUCUACAUUCUUCGCAAAUGGUUGCUGA